AUGCUUGCCAGAACGCUUUUGCGGACCGCUCUUCCCCGUGGCCACCUAGCUCUCCGUCUGGCGGUUGCAACGGUGCAAAAACCACGUUAUUUCUCCCACUCUAGCGUGAGCUUCAAUGAGAAGAAGGAACAAGAGAAACCAAAGUCCAUCUUAGACGACGAUAUGUUGGCCAGGGCAGGUUUUGAGGAAGACCCUGCCAAAGGUGACAAGAAAGACCAAUCACAAGAGAAAAGCGCCCGCAGAAAGCGUAGAGUGAAGACCACGAAGGACCGCCAGAGAGAAAAGUGGGCAAACAUCUUCUACUCCCUGAUGCUUCUUGGUGGUGUAGGUGCCUUAGGGUACAUGGCCAGAGACUGGGACUCUGAGGAGGAGCAGAAGGAGCUUGAAGGCUUGGAUAUCGCCAACGGGUACACUCCAGGCUUGAUGUACGAGAGGUUGUCGAAGAGAAUGUCCAAGGCAUUCUCAUUUUUUUCAGAGCCAGUGUUUGAAAACUUGUUGCCCCCUCCAUCUCCAGAGCAGUACCGUCGUCCCUUGACCUUGGUUUUAGCCUUGGACGACCUUUUGAUUCAUUCCUCCUGGGACACUAAGCAUGGCUGGAGAACAGCAAAGAGACCUGGUUUGGACUACUUUUUGGGAUACUUGUCCCAGUACUACGAGAUUGUCAUCUUUUCCACCAACUACCAGAUGAACUCUGAGAGAACUGUUUUGAAAAUGGAUCCCUUGAGAGCCUACAUCCAGUAUGCUCUCUAUAGAGAGGCUUGCAGAUACAAGGACGGCAAGAUCAUCAAGGACAUGUCUCUUUUGAACCGUGACUUGGGUAAGACCGUGGCCGUAGAUGUGAACCCAGAUUCUGUGUCGAUGCAGCCAGAAAACGCCAUCUUGUUGAAGCCAUGGAAUGGUGAGAACGACACCACUUUGAUUGACUUAAUCCCACUUCUUGAAUACUUAGCUACUCAGCCCAUCAAGGACGUCAGACCUGUAAUUAAGUCGUUUAGCGACUCUGACGACGUUAUUGCUGAGUACAAGAAAAGAGAGGCUCGUUUGAGAGAAAAAUGGAGAGAAGAGAACAAGCACCUCUUGGAGCGUGCCGGUAAGCCUAACGUGGGUACCUUCAUGGCUUCUAUCAUUGGAAUGUCCCCUAACGCCAUGAGCAAAGAGCCAAAGAUGCCCUUGGAUGCCAUCAGAGAACACGGCCAGGCACAGUACGAGAACUUACAGAAGUUCUUGCGUGAGAACGCUCCUAAAUUCUUAGAGGAGGAGCAAAAGUUGAAGGAGGAGUACGGUAAGAUGACCUUGAACAAGUUGAUGACCGAGGGUAUGCCUACCCCAGAAGACAUCGCCAAGCAGCAGGCCAAGAAGGCUGCUGAGGAGACGGCGCAAACUUGA